UUCAGUCGACUUUUAACAUGGAGGAUUAACAACGAGGAAUCAAAUAAGAGUCAUUUCUAGAAAUAGGAUCAUAAUCUUAGACUAUCAGCCUUCAAAGAAUCGCUUAUUUGGGCUGAAGUGAGAUCGGAUUUAGUGAAUAGGGGAAAAGUCGGCCCAACGAACCCGCAAUCCAUCUCGGACUCUUAUUUAUUCUAUUUAUAUCCUUCCGAUCAACCAAAGAUACUUAAUACUAACACCAAAAAAAGAGGAAUUUAAAAAUGGCUACCAAGACCGUGAAAGAGGGACAUGUCACCACAGAGAUUGUGGACGAAACGGGGGGCUCCGUGGAUGGGGCAUUGGAUGCAGAAGCGCUCAUGGCCAAAAUGGGGGGAAAAGCGGGUACCUAUGAAGAGACCCUUCCAGAUGGAACCGUGGUUACGUAUGAACUUGAUGUUGAGGAAUUUGAGGAGGAAGAGGAUAGUCCAUCCAAGGAGCGGGAAAGUGGGGAUGAAAUGGAGGUGAGCUAUACGACUACCAGAACUACAACUGAAUACACAUCAGAGGGGCCAGGCGGUGGCAAGACCACUGUGUCCUACCAGAGCGGUGGAAGUGGCGGAGAAGGCGGCUCCGUGACAACUACCAGAAAGACAACUUCCAGCUCUGGAGGAGGUCCAAGUUCUGGCGGAGGAUCAGGGGGUGGUUCCUUUGAGAUGACCACAACUUCAUCGUCCUCCUCCUCAUCGAAGACUUCAUCGGCCCAAAAGCAAGAUCAGUCAUCCAACUCAAGCGCAGCCCAAAAUGCAAAGAGCGGCGCAAAGGACGAUCAGAAGCAAAAGACAGACACAGAAAACGACGAUGACACCGAUAAUGGAGGCUACAGCGAUUCAAGGCCUGACGACGACAAGCCUGGAGCAGGAGCAUCCGUUGGAGGAGGUGGCCAGACCACAAGGACAACCACCAAGACCAGUGGCACUUCCAAUGCUCAGACGGCCUCCAAUUUUGGAGUGGAAAAGUACGCUGGGACCCAUCACGACACCAACGAGAUCCAGGGUCCAGUUUAUCCCGUAGAUCAUCAACAUGAGUAUCCCAAGGAUGUAACAUCAACCGAGAACAAAGGAAAAGAUGACUUGAAGUUUCCCGUUUACAACGUGGAAAGCAAGCACAGCUUUGAAGACAAGGCUCCUCCAUCCCAUGAGAAUAAGACGCUUCAAAGGCCGGCUUAUGAUGUUGAGCACAAGCAUCAGUUCACAAAGGAAGACACUAUUAACAACAAAGUGGAAUCUCUUCAAAAGCCGGCCUACAAUGUGGAACAUGGGCACAAGUACCCGACGGAUGGAAAAUUGGACACUCCAGGAGAGGCGGCUCCCAAGACCAUGCAGACUCCGGUUCGCGGUGUUGAGCCCAAAAACCAAUAUGUUCCAGCCCGACCUCACAACGAUCUGCCCCAGCAGCUCCAAGGUCCCAAGUUUCAGAUCGACAGGGAACAUAAUUUCACUGGCAUGGAUUUGGAGGUGGAUGAAGAGUUGGAGAAGGCCAAAAAGCUGUCGGCUGAUUUGGUUGGUCCCAUUUACGACGUUGACGCCGUGAACCAUUUCAAAGAGGUCAUCAUGCACGCCGAGGCCAUCAGAAAUCUUCAGGGUCCUGUUUAUGAAAUCGACCGAGGUCAUCAUUUCCAGCAAUUGAUGAUGCACGCUCAUGAGCUGAAGAACCUCAAGGGCCCAGUCUAUGACGUUCAGAAGAAUCACUCCUUCCAGGAGUUGGUUACUCAUGCUCAUGAGUUGAAGAAUCUCAUGACCCCAGUGUAUGCGGUGGAAUCCGCUCACAAAUAUAAACCUGAAAUGGCCAAAAUGGACGGCCAAUCCAUGAUCACAGCUCCAGUGUACAAGGGCGUCGAAGCUCACAACCAAUACAAUCCACAAACUGAACGGGUCCAAACUGAUAGACUGAUGUUAGGUCCCAAGUUACCGAACGUGGAAUCCUCCAAUCAAUACACUCCUAUGGAAGGACCCAAGGUAGAAACAGAGAAAAUGAUGGCGGCUCCUCAUUACCGGGGCAUCAACAUCGAUCACACCAACCAAUAUCAACCUAACUUGGACAUCAAGGCGGCAGAGCCACUUAUGCUUGGGCCUAAAUUGCCGAAUGUGGACUACUCGCAUCAUUAUGGACCUGUCCCUGCUAAAGUGGAUCAUGGAAAUGAAAUGAAUGGGCCGGUUUAUCCUGGUGUUCAAGCUCAAAACCAAUUCAAUAUUGUGGACCGACGAGUGGCCGGCGAUAUUGUCAUGACUGGUCCCAAGUUACCAAAUGUGGAGUCCCACAAUGAGUAUUCUCCCAUGGGCCCUCGUGUUCCAGGAGAGCUUGUUCACAGCACACCUCGAAGACCAGGGGUGGACGACAAGAUCAAAUACAACCCACAUUCAGAUAAGGUCCAACAUGAUGCAGUCAUGACUGGUCCAAAAUAUCCCGGUGUUGACGAUCACAAUCAGUACAAUCCUAUGACCGAGAGAGUUCCGGGCGAGCAACUGAUGGCUGGACCCGUGUUCAAAGGAGUCCAGGCAUCAAAUCAGUACAAUCCCAACGCUCCUAAAGUCCAAGGCGAGAUGCACAUGACGGCGCCCAUUUAUCCUGGGGUCCAAUCCGCCAACCAGUUCAACCCAAUGACGGACCGAGUCUCGGGACCAGUGGAAAUGUCGGGACCCAAGUAUCCUGGAAUUCAGGAAAGUCAUCAUUAUGGCGUGGUUCCUCCUCGAGUGCCUGGAACCCAACAAGUCAAUGGACCAGUUUACCCGGCUGAUGCCCACAACCAAUUCAACAUUGUGCCAGCCAGAGUGAGCCAUCAAGGUAUCAUGGCCGGUCCAGCUUACGCGAAUGUCGAAUCUGCCAAUCAAUACAAUAUCACUGCCCCCAAAGUGGCGGGAGAACUAGUCAUGACUGGACCGGUUUAUACUGCGGAUGGUGGGAAUCAUUACGACGUCAUUCCUGGACGCCUUGACGGCGAGCAUCAAGUUCAUGGACCGGUUUACCCGACUGAUCAACACCAUCGUUACAAUCCUUCAAACCCAAGAGCCGAAGUGCCGGGAGGUAUCGUUGGCCCCGUCUAUGAUGUGCCUCAUGAGCAUCACUUCCGGGAAAUUGUCUCCAAUGCUUUGUCGUUGGCUGACAUGAGUACCUCCAAGUAUGACACCGAUUUGGCCAAGCACGAUUAUUCCCCAGAGGCGCCCAUUAGCCUAUACACCAGGGAGCUCUUGGGACCUGUCUAUGAUGUGCUGAGUCAACACAACUACAGACAGAUUGAGCACGUUUCAAGUGAGUUGAAGUCAUUGCAGACUCCUGUUUAUCUACCAGAGGCAGGACAUCACUACCAAGAGAUCAAGAAGCACGUUGAGAAACUGGAGGACCUGAAGGGCCCUGUUUACGAUAUUAACCGGGACCAUCACUUUAAGGAGAUCAUGAAACACAUUGAUAAUGUCAAGACGCUUCAAGGUCCAGUUUACGACAUUGGCAAUCCCAAUCAUCACUUUGCUAAUAUUGAGAAAAACGUGGAGACCUUGAAGACGCUCAAUGCUCCUGUUUAUGGAGUGGAAGCCAAGAACCACUUUGAUGUCAUCACCAAAAGUGUGGACACCCUGAAGAAUCUUCAUGGACCAGUCUACGAGAUCGGAAAGUCUGAGCACCACUUCAGUGAGAUCAUGAAACACGUUGAAACUCUAAAAACCUUGAAUGGACCGAAGUAUCAAAUCGACUCGGCUCAUCAUUUCUCCGAGAUUGUCAAGAAUGUGAACGAGCUCAAAGACUUGACAGGCCCUGUCUAUGACAUUGGUGAAACUGGUCACCAUUUCAAUGAGAUCCAGAAGAAGGUUGACACUUUGAAGAACUUGAGCGGUCCAGUUUACGACGUGGCGGACAAGCAUCACUUCGCCGAGAUCAUGAAACAAACGAGUAAGCUCACCGAGCUCAAAGGCCCAAUCUAUUUGGAUGAUGUUAAACAUAGCUUUGCUGAGAUUCAGAAGCAUGUCGAUUCGCUUCAAACAUUGAAAGGCCCCGUGUACGUCACCGACGAUUACAAGCAUCACUACGACGUCAUUGAAGGUCAUGUGGAGACCUUGAAACAACUGACGGCUCCUGUCUACAACGUGGAACAUCAAAGCAAAUACAUGGAGUUGAUGAAAUCCGUCGACUCUUUGAAGAACUUGAGUGGUCCCGUCUACAACAUUGGCGAAUCCAGCCAUCACUUCAAUGAAAUCCAAAAGCAAGCUGAGAAGCUGAAGGAACUGGUCGGUCCAGUUUAUAAGAUGGACAACAAACAUAGCUUUAACGAAGUCAUUGAGCAUGUAAAUGCCUUGAAAGAUCUGCAAGGUCCCGUGUAUGAUGUGGAAAUCCACCAUCACUUCAAUGAGAUUGAGAGGAGGGUUCGAAACAUUCAGACUCUAGCCGGGCCUGUUUAUGAUCUUCCUCAAGUAGCUCAUGCCUAUUCCGAGAUUCAAAAGCAUGCUGAGACCUUGAAAGAGCUCCAUGGUCCCAUUUAUAGCUCCGAUCACCAACACCACUUUAGUGAAAUCGCCAAGAACGUCGAUACCCUGAAGAACCUCACCGGACCAGUGUUCGAUAUUGAACGCGGUCACAAGUUUGCCGAACUAGGGAAACAAAUGGAUACGUUGAAGACGCUUCAAACUCCCGUUUACGUUACUGGAGAGAGCAAGCAUCAUUUCAAUGAGAUCGAGAAACAUGUGGACACUAUGAAGACAAUGUCAGGCCCUGUUUAUGAUUGCGAGCACAAGAGCCACUUUAAUGAGAUUGAAAAACAUAUCAAAGGGUUGCGAGAGAUGACAGGUCCCGUUUAUGACACCGACCACAAAAGUAGUUUCAACGAGAUCAUCACCCAAGCUAGCACUCUCAAGGAUUUAGUGGGUCCUGUUUACGAUGUGGGAUCGGUUGGUCAUCAUUUCAAUAUUGCCAAUCCCAGAGCGAAAAGGAUUACCAACUUGGAAGGACCUGUUUAUGACAUUGAGCAAUCAUCUCAUCACUUCAAUAUGAUCCAACAAAGUUUGGAUUCCGUCAAGGAGUUAAAGGGACCCAUAUAUGAUGUGGAACACAAGAACGCCUUCACCGACAUCAUCAAACAUGCGGAGAAGCUUGAAAAUUUGGUUGGACCUGUUUAUCAAUGUGAACAUUCUAGCAAAUUCAGAGAGAUCAUUGGAAGCGCUGAGAAGAUUAAGAACCUUACAGGUCCAGUGUAUGACGUGGAACAUGGAAGCCACUUCCAAGAACUGGUCAAGAAUGUUGAGAGCGUCAAGAGUCUAGUUGGACCCGUUUUUUCUAUUGACUCCAAGCACCAUUUCAGCGAGAUCAUCAAACAUGUGAACGAGCUCAGGAAUCUCUCAGGGCCAGUGUACAAGAUUGACCGCCAACAUAUGUACAAUGAGAUCAUGGAUAGAGUCUCAGGUCCUCAAGACUUGGUUGGACCCAUAUAUAACGUAGGCAAUGGAGCUCACAACUACGCCAUUGUUGGCCAAAAAGCCGAUGUUCCCAAGCAAUUGGAGGGUCCCGUCUACAACAUCGAGGAGUCCCAGCAUCAUUUCAAUGAACUGAAUAAGGCAAUGGAAAGCGUGAAGACCUUGACGGGACCAGUUUACUCUGUGGAACAUCAAAGUCAGUACAACGAGAUUGUGAAGCAUGCAGAGAAGUUGCAAAGCUUAUUCGGCCCUGUUUACGAUGUUGGCCACAAGAACCAUUUCGAGGUGAUAAUCAACACUGCACAAAAGAUUAAACAACUGACUGGGCCAGUCUAUGAAGUGGAACAUGGCAAUCAUUUCCAAGAGAUUGUCAAGAGCGUCGAUCAAGUCAAGCAAUUGGUGGGACCCGUCUACGACGUUGAUUCCAACCAUGCUUACAGGGAACAAACUCUUCAUGUGGACGCUCAGAAACAACUCGCCGGACCUGUUUACAAGAUUGAUCGAUCCCAUCAAUUUGCCGAGAUUGCAGAUAGGAUUUCGGGACCCCAGGACCUUGUAGGUCCAAUUUAUCGAGUGGACGGCGAAGGACAUCAUUUCGCAAUUGUUGGAGUCAGAAUGAACGCUCCCAAGAAUCUGGAGGGCCCUGUCUAUAAUCUGGAAGAUUCCAAGCACAGUUAUAACGAACUGACCAAGGCUGUUGAUUCGGUGAAGAGCCUUACUGGACCCGUGUACGCUGUGGAGCAUGAAAAUAAGUUUGAUGCCAUUAUCAGUCAAGCUCAAAAGCUCAAGAACUUGGUGGGUCCUGUUUACGACAUUGAGCAUGGCAACCAUUUCAACGAGAUCAUUAUGAACGCUCAAAAGAUCAAGGAGCUGAAGGGACCUGUCUACGAUGUGGAACAUGGGAAUCACUUUCAAGAAAUCAUCAAGAACGUGGAUCGAAUUAAAAAUCUUGUUGGACCAGUCUACACUGAUGACAGACACAGCUAUGGAGAAAUCAAUAAGGGACUGGAACCUCCCAAAGAUUUGGCUGGGCCGGUUUAUAAAAUUGAUCGUGGUCACCAGUUCUUCGAAAUGACUGACCGAGUGUCUGGACCACAAGAUCUGGUUGGACCUGUGUACAAAAUGGAUGACAAUGGACAUCAUUAUGCUUUAGUUGGAAAACGGGUGGAUGUUCCAAAGACCUUGGAGGGUCCAGUCUAUUCCUUGGAGGAUAGUAAACACCACUUCAAUGAGUUGUCCAAGACCGUGGAAAGCGUCAAAAGCUUAGCGGGUCCAGUUUACUCGGUGGAUCACGCAAAUAAAUUCAAUGAGAUCAUCACUCAUGCUGAGAAACUGAAGACCUUGGUGGGCCCCGUGUAUGACAUUGAACACGGCAACCAUUUCAAUGAGAUCAUCAUCAAUGCUCAAAAGGUCAAGGAACUGAAAGGUCCCGUUUACGAUGUGGAACACGGAAGCCAUUUCCAAGAGAUCAUAAAGAACGUCGACAGGAUCCGGAACCUAGUUGGACCUGUUUACACCGAGGACAAACAUAGUUACAAUGAAUUGGACAAAAAGGUAGAUGCUCCCAAGAAUCUUUCGGGACCCGUUUACAAGAUCGACAGAGCUCAUCAAUUUGCCGAAAUCAUUGACCGCACAUCGGUUUUAAAGGAUCUUGUUGGUCCCAUCUACGACAUUGACAAUGUUCAUCAUUACCGACAAAUGGUCAAUCAUGUUGAAAAGCUGAAGAACUUGGAAGGUCCUGUUUAUGACAUUGAAAGCCCAGAGCACCACUACAGCGAGAUCAUGCGAAAUGUGGAAAGUGUCAAGAACCUGGCUGGUCCAGUUUACGCUGUUGAGCAUUCCAACAAGUUUGAAGGCAUCAUUCAACAUGCGGAGAAGUUGAAGAACCUCAUGGGUCCCGUCUAUGAUGUGCAACACGGGAACAAGUUCAAUGAGAUUAUUACCAACGCUCAGAAAAUCAAGAACCUCACUGGUCCAGUCUAUGAUGUGUCCUCCAGCCACAGCUUCAAAGAAAUUGUGAAAGGAGCCGAGGGCCUCAAACCUUUGGUGGGCCCAGUUUACGACAUUGACAACCAACAUAACUUCUCGGAAAUGAUCAAGCAUGUGGAAAAGCUCAAAAACCUGGUGGGACCGGUCUUCAAAAUUGAUCGGAAUCAUCAUUAUGCCGAAAUUGUCGAUCGAGUCUCCGGACCUCAAGAGCUGGUGGGUCCCAUCUACCAAAUGGAGGAUAAUGCCCAUCAUUUCAAUAUUGUGAACAAGCACGCUGAUCGACUGGAAACUCUCGCUGGCCCUGUUUACAAUCUUGAAUCUCCGGAACACCAUUUCAGUGAGAUCCAAAACAUCUCCCAUGAUGUGAGUCAACUCCAAGGACCAGUCUAUCGGAUUAAUGCCACUCAUCAUUUCAAUGAGAUCGACAAACAUAUGGAAGGUCUCAAGACGUUGCAAGGACCUGUUUACAACAUCGAUCACGAACACGGAUUCAAAGAUUUGGGGAGAAAGGUGGAAGAACUGAAGAACCUCACUGGACCCGUUUACGAUAUUGAGAAUCAGCAUCAUUUCAACCAAUUCGAGAAAGGAGUUCAGAGCCUUCUCAAGCUUGAAGGACCCGUGUAUGAUAUCCAACGGGAACACCAUUACAGUGAGAUCUUGAAGCAUGUCUCCGAUAUCAAACAACUCCAAGGACCUGUGUUCAAAAUUGAUCGAGCUCACCAAUACGCUGAAAUUCCAGACCUUAUCAAGAAUGUUUCUGAUUUGACGGGGCCUAUUUUUGCCAUCGAUAGAGACCAUCACUAUUCGAUUGUCAAUCCUAAACCUCCUCAAGUCAAGGAUCUCCAAGGACCUGUGUAUGAUUCUGUGGAUGCCAAUCAUCAUUUCCAGGGGAUUUUGAAGCAUGUCGAAGACCUUCAAACCCUGACAGGACCGGUAUACAAAAUGGAUCGAGUGCAUCACUUCAACGAAAUUGAGAAGCACAUGGAGAGUCUCAAAGAUCUCAAGGGACCAGUGUAUCACAUUGACAGUAGUCACAAGUUCAAUGAGAUCUUGAAACACGUGGACACUCUGAAGAGUCUCAGUGGACCAGUCUACACCAUUGAUCGGGAACAUCAUUGCAAUGAGAUCCUCAAGCAUACAGAGAGUAUCAAGCAACUGGUUGGCCCUGUUUAUGACACCCUGCACGAUCAUGGCUACAGAGAAGCUGUCACCAAGGUGGAAAAGUUGAAAGACUUGACUGGACCCGUCUACAAGAUUGAUCGGGAUCAUAGAUAUGCGGAGAUCAUAGGACAUAUCAAUGACCUCAAGUCUCUCCAAGGUCCUGUCUACAGCAUUGAAAGCAACCACCACUUCAAUGAAAUUGAAAGGAAGGUGACCAGUCUGAAAGAUCUGGCUGGACCCGUUUAUGAUAUUGAGCGGGAUCACAAGUUCAACAACAUUGUCUCGCACAUUGAUAAACUCAAGAAUCUCACCGGACCAGUUUAUGACAUUGAGAGGAACCACCACUUCCAAGAGAUUGAAAAACACGUGUCGGGUCUUCAGGACCUUCAAGGCCCGGUUUAUAAGGUUCUUCACGAUCAUAGCUACAAGGAGAUCCUUCACAAAUUAGUUGAGUUGAAGAACCUCACCGGUCCCGUUUAUGACGUGGAUCAUGCGCAUAACUUCAAGGAGGUUCUUCAACAUGUGACUGAUUUGAAGACCUUGGUCGGACCAGUGUACAACAUUGAAAGCAACCAUCAUUUCCAAGAGUUGGAGAAAAAGGUUUCCAACUUGAAGGACUUGGUUGGACCGGUUUACAAGAUUGACCGGGCUCAUGGUUACAAUGAAGUGGACGGUAAAACCGAUGCUCCCAAGACAUUGGUUGGACCUGUGUUUGAUAUUGACCGAGAUCAUCACUUCUCCGAGAUUGACAAACAUCUGGCAUCGGUCAAGAACUUAAAUGGACCCGUGUACGAAAUCGACCGAGAACAUCAUUUUGGAGAGAUCGAGAAGCACAUUAGUGGAAUCCAGAAUUUGUUUGGCCCCGUCUAUGACAUCAAUAAUCAGCACCACUUCAACAUCGCUCCUGAUCGAGUGUCUGGACCUCAGAGUUUAGCUGGCCCCGUGUACAACGUACUGCAUCCUCACAAUUAUAAAGAAGUCAUGCAGAAAAUUGUGGAGAUCAAGAACCUUGUAGGUCCUGUCUAUGACAUUGAUAGCGCUCACGGCUUUAACGAGGUUCUUAAGCACGUUACCGAGAUCAAAUCUCUGGUUGGACCCGUGUACGACAUUCAAAGCAAUCAUCAUUUCAACGAAAUUGAAAAGAAAGUUGAGGAUCUCAAGUCAUUGUCUGGGCCAGUCUACAAAAUUGAUCGGGCUCAUGGAUACAAUGAAGUGGAUAGCAAAGUGGAUGCACCCAAAAGCCUCGUUGGUCCAAUUUUCGACAUUGACAGGGACCAUCAUUUUGCUGAGAUCGACAAGCAUCUGGCUUCAGUUAAAAACUUGGCUGGACCAGUGUAUGAGAUUGAUCGAGAUCAUCACUUUGGAGAAAUUGAGAAGCAUAUCUCCGGGAUUCAAAACCUCUACGGUCCAAUUUACGAUAUCAACAGGGAACACAAUUUCAACUUGGCUCCUGAUCGUGUAUCGGGUCCUCAAGACUUGCAGGGACCAGUCUAUAACGUUCUCCAUCCUCACAAUUAUCAAGAAGUGAUCAAGAAAAUGAUCGAGCUCAAGGAUCUUGUGGGACCAAUCUAUAACAUUGAAAGCGCUCAUAGCUUCAACGAGGUUUCGAAGCACGUUACUGAAAUCAAAUCUCUGGUUGGACCAGUCUAUGAUAUUCAAAGUAACCAUCAUUUCAAUGAGAUUGAAAAGAGGGUUGAAGAACUGAAAAACUUGGCAGGGCCAGUUUACAAAAUAGAUCGAGCUCAUCAAUACAAUGAGGUGGAUGGAAAGGUUGAUGCUCCCAAGAAUCUUGUCGGUCCCAUCUUCAACAUUGACCGAGAUCAUCAUUUCGCGGAAAUCGACAAACAUUUGGCUUCUGUCAAGAAUCUGGCUGGACCCGUUUAUGAGAUUGAUCGGGAUCAUCACUUUGGCGAGAUUGAGAAGCAUAUCUCAGGUAUUCAAAACCUCUUUGGACCAGUUUACGACAUCUUUAGACAACACAACUACAGUCUGGCCCCAGAACGUAAAUCUGGCCCUCAGGAUCUAACUGGACCCGUGUACAACGUGGAGCAUCCUCAUCAUUUCCAAGAAAUCGUCAAAAACCUGAUUGAGCUCAAGCCCUUGAUGGGACCUGUGUAUCAUAUUGAACAUGCCCAUCAGUAUAGUGAAGUCAUCAAACAUGUCAAUGACCUCAAGACCCUCACUGGUCCAGUUUACAACAUUGAAAGCAACCAUCACUUCCAAGAAAUUGAGAGGAAAGUGGCAGAUCUCAAGACCCUCUCUGGACCUGUCUAUAAGAUUGACCGAGCUCAUGGCUACAGCGAAGUGGAUGGGAAAGUGGAUGCUCCCAAGAGCCUUGUGGGUCCAAUCUUUGAUAUUGAUAGGAAUCAUCAUUUCUCGGAGAUUGACAAACACUUGGCCACAGUGAAGAAUUUGAAUGGACCAGUCUAUGAAAUUGACCGGAAUCAUCACUUUGGUGAGAUUGAAAAACAUAUCAGCGGCAUCCAGAACUUGUAUGGUCCCAUCUACGAAAUCUACCGAGACCAUAACUUCAGUUUGGCUCCGGACCGCGUGUCUGGUCCUCAACAGCUGACAGGUCCAGUUUAUAAUGUCCUCCAUCCUCACAACUACCAAGAAGCUUUGAAAAAGUUGGUAGAAAUUAAGAAUUUGGCCGGACCUGUCUAUCAAAUUGACAACGAGCACAAGUUCAGCGAGGUCAUCAAGACCGUUAUUGAUUUGAAGACCCUCAAUGGACCAGUUUAUAACAUUGAAAGCAACCACCAUUUCCAGGACUUGGAGAGGAAGGUAGCUGACUUAAAGACGCUCUCUGGGCCUGUUUAUCAAAUCGAUCGGGCUCAUGGUUAUGCUGAGGUAGAUCAAAAGCCCGAUGUACCCAAGAACUUGGUUGGACCCAUUUUUGAUAUUGACCGAGAUCACCAUUUCUCCGAGAUUGAUAAACACAUGAAGUCGGUCAAGAAUCUGAGUGGGCCGGUCUAUGAGAUCGACCGUGAGCAUCACUUUGGAGAGAUCGAGAAGCAUAUCUCAGGGAUCCAAAACCUUUAUGGGCCUAUUUACAACAUCUAUCGUCAUCAUAACUUUGCAGAGAUUGAACGACAUUUGCCCACUCUAUUGAACUUGAAUGGACCUGUGUAUGAUAUUAAUCGGCAGCAUCAUUUCAAUGAGAUUGAGAAGAAACUUGUGGACUUAAGAACCCUCACCGGUCCAGUUUACGACAUUGAUUCAAAGCAUCACUUCAGCGAGAUUGACAAACACAUGGCCGACCUGAGGACCUUGAAUGGACCAGUCUAUGACAUUGAUCGCCAACAUCACUUCUCGAACAUUGAAAAGCACGUGGCUGACCUCAAGACGUUGACCGGACCCGUUUAUCAUAUUGACAACGCCCACAACUUCAGCGAAAUUGAUUCCAAGAUUGCCGACCUGAAGACUCUCACUGGUCCAGUUUAUGAUAUCGAUCACAACCAUAACUUCAGGGAAUUAGAGCAAAAGAUUGUCGAUCUCAAGAAUCUGGUCGGGCCCGUAUACAAUAUUGAUCGUAGUCAUCAGUUUCAGGAAAUUGAAACCCAUCUCGUGGACUUGAAGACCUUAACGGGUCCAGUUUACGAUAUCAAACGGGCUCACCACUUUGCUGAGAUUCAGACUCAUUUGUCGGAUCUCAAGACCUUGAAUGGUCCAGUCUACAACAUUGAUCGUGGGCAUCAUUUCACGGAAUUGAAUGCUCAUGUCAACGAUUUGAAAACCUUGACCGGUCCAAUCUAUCAAUUGGAACGGGAACACCACUUCGCAGAGAUCCAGAAGCAUAUGACCAAUUUGAAGACCCUGUCAGGGCCAGUCUAUGAUGUGGAGAGCAAGCAUCACUACCAGGAAAUCCAAAAGCACAUGAGCGAUCUAAAAUCCUUGAAUGGACCAGUCUAUGACGUGGAGAACAACCACAACUACAGAGAGAUCAUGAAGAAGGUCGACGAAAUGAAGGAGUUGACCGGGCCUGUGUAUCAUAUUGACAGUGCCCAUCACUUCAGCGAGAUCCAGAAACACGUGGUUGAUUUGAAGCAAAUGAAUGGACCCGUGUAUGACGUGGAUUCUCGUCAUUCCUACAGUAAGGACUUCUCUCGUCCUUUGGACAAUCCAGCCUUAGUUGGACCUCUCUACAAUGUGCAUAACAAGCAUAGCUACGGCCAUGACUUUGUGAAGCCCAUUGAAAAAGCGGAAUUGAAGGGUCCCAUUUAUCACAUCGAGUCGAAACAUCAUUACGCCAAGGAUUUCUCGGUGCCUCACUCCGACAAGGUCACGGCUGGGCCUAUUAUGCCUACCAACCACAAGCAUCACUUCAAACAUCCCAUUGACAUGCCUCACCAGAGGGACUUCAAGAGCAAAACACCAAGCUAUGAAGUGUCCCUCAGUCACCACUACAAAACCAGUGACCAUCACAAGGACGAUAUGUCUCAAAUGGUUGGUCCCAUUUAUCACACGGAGCAUAAGCACUCCUACGAAAAGGACUUUGCUAUCAAGCAUAAUGACAAGGUCACUUCCGGACCAGUCAUGCCGACUGAUCAUCGUCAUCACUUCAAGCAUCCCAUUGACUUGCCUCAUCAAAGGGAUCUGAAGACAAAGACACCAACUUACGAGGUCAACUUGAGCCAUCAUUAUCAGACUAGCGAACAUCAUCGGGAGGAUCUUCAACUCAUGCCCGGGCCAGUCUAUCGGACUGAUCCCAAGCAUCAGUACCAAAAGGACUUUGCUAUUGCUCACAAUGAUCCCCGCAUGUCUGGACCCGUGUACAACACAGAGAGCAGGCAUCAUUACGAAAAGGACUUUGCCGUCUCACACACGGAUUCCAAGAUGACUGGCCCCGUCUACAAAGCCGAAAGUCGACAUCAGUACCAAAAGGACUUUAACGUCACUCACUCUGAGGAACGAAUGGUGGGCCCUGUUUACAAGACUGAUCCCAAACAUAGCUAUGAGAAGGACUUUUCAGUUUCGCACUCGGACAAGGUCACAUCUGGACCAGUCAUGCCAAGCGAUCAUAGACACCACUUCAAGCAUCCUAUCGACAUGCCUCAUCAACGAGACUUGCAAAACAAGACGUCUGUGUUUGAAGUGAGCGCUAGUCAUCACUAUCAGACUAGUGAGCACCACCAAGCCGAUCUUCAUCAAAUGGCUGGUCCAGUGUAUCCUUCAGAACAUCGACACGGGUAUGAAAAGGACUUUUCUGUUCCUCAUUCUGAUAAGGUCACUUCUGGGCCAGUGAUGCCAGGGGAUCACCGGCAUCACUUCAAGCAUCCCAUUGAUAUGCCUCAUCAACGUGAUUUUAAGAGCAAAACUCCGAGUUAUGAGGUCUCUCAAAGCCAUCACUACAGGCAGAGUGAGCAUCAUCAGGCUGAUAUGCAGAUGCUAUCCGGUCCCGUUUAUCCAUCUGAGACCAAGCAUGGCUACGAAAAGGACUUCUCUGUUCCACACACGGACAAGGUUACCUCAGGUCCUGUGUAUCCAACGGAACACAAGCAUCUGUAUGAGAAGGACUUUGCCAUUUCCCAUUCGAGCAAGAUGACUUCAGGUCCCGUUUAUCCGGCUGAUGCCAAGCACGGUUACGAGAAAGACUUCUCUGUUCCACACACGGACAAGGUUACCUCUGGUCCUGUCCUUCCAGCCGACCAUACCCAUCAGUUUAAACAUCCCAUUGAUAUGCCUCACCAACGUGAUUUCAAGAACAAAACCCCAGUUUAUGAGGUUAGCCAGAGCCAUCACUACCGUCAAAGUGAACAUCAUCAAUCCGACAUGCAACAAAUGUCAGGCCCUGUGUACCCAUCUGAGCACAAACAUGGUUAUGAGAAAGAUUUCAACGUUCCUCAUUCUGAUAAGGUCACCUCCGGGCCAGUUUUGCCGACUGAACAUCAACAUCAGUUCAAGCAUCCAAUUGAUAUGCCUCACCAACGUGAUCUAAAGAACAAGACUCCUUCGUAUGAGGUGUCUCAAAGCCAUCAUUUCAAGCAGAGCGAGCACCAUCAAGAAGACAUGCAGUACAUGUCUGGUCCAGUAUACAAGGCUGAGCCAAAGCAUGGCUAUCAGAAGGACUUUGCUGUUCCUCAUUCGGAUAAGGUAACCUCGGGACCAGUUAUGCCCGGAGAUCAUAAGCAUCACUUUAAACAUCCGAUUGAUAUGCCACAUCAACGUGAUAUCAAGAACAAAACCAUGUCUUUCGAGACUAAUAUGAGCCAUCAAUUCAAGCAGAGUGAGACCCAUAAAGAGGAUUUAGGUUCCAUGGUUGGACCUGUGUACAACAAGGUUUCCCAAGCUAAGCACCACUUCACCGAUAACUACGGCCCUCCUGCCAAGCAAAACAUGGAGAGAAUACAGAAGCAAAAGGAGCUGGUCAGCAAAUUCUUCCAAAAGGAUAACAAGUCCAGCGAAAACAAGACCUCCUACGAGAAGUUCCAACAACAAUCCCAAUCCUCCCAAUCGCAAAUGGCUUCCCGUGUUGAUGGUCAAGUGGACAUGAGUUCAUUCCAGCGACUCCCGCCACAAAAACAAAUCGAAGAGGCCAAGAAGGCCGGUCAAAUUCGCAAACAAGAGGCCAUGAAGAGACGCGACGAGUUCGUACUGAAGAAAUCCGAGGCCACACUUCAAAGUGGCAAAUCAUUGCAACAGAUCAAUGCUGAAAGAGAGGAGAUGGUUGAGAGAGAAGUACAAAAGAUCCAAGAAGAGUCGAAGAGAAUGAUGGAGAGAUACAUGGAGGAGAGCAAGAAGCGGGCGGAAAUGCUUGAAAAGGAACAGCAAAUGAGAGCAGAGCAUGACCGAAGAUCUCAAGAGCUCAUGAGCCUUCAACUUGAGGAACGAACACGCAAGGAACAAUCGCGUCAAGCGGAGAUGAGGCGCCAAGAAGCCAUAAUCCAACAAUCGAAACAACGCCAACAAGCCGAGGAAUCGAGAAUGCAAAACCAACAGAAAUUCCAAUCCACCCAAAUCAGGCAAGACUCUUCCAUGACCCAAGAACAGCAAUCCGUGCGCCAAAAGGAUCAAAUGGCCCAACGAAGACAGCAAAUUGAAAGCAAGCGACAGCAAGAGCUCCAACAGAUGCAAAAGAAGAACAAUCAAUUCCGCCAACAGCAACAACAGCAGACGUUUUCUUCAACAUCGUCCACGGUUGGGCAACAGAACAUCCCACACCCUCAAGCUCCUCUGGGCUUUGAUGGUGUUCAAACUGGCCAAGUGAUGACCAAAAAGGUAGAGUUCCUUCAGAGAGCAGCCUCAGUUGGUCGGUUUGAAGAGCGAGAAGGCUUGAACCCGGAGCUGCGAUCUCCCACUCCCAACCUGAUGCGGAAUUCACAAAUGAUGCAAAUGGCAGCGGCCGAGAAGCCUCCAGCCUCUCCAUUGGCAUCCGGAUCCAAC